ACAGGUAAGUUGUUGAUGUACUGCAACAGAUGGGAGACAUCGGUGUUCGCAGAGGGCCUGAAGCUAAUCUGUAGCUGGAAAGGAAGGAGUUAGAAAUCAACGGUGGUUUGUUUAUGCCGAGGAAGGAAGUGCAUUGCAGGAAAAAGCGAUGGAAGGGCUAUAAUUAUCUACGAGCGCUCUCCCCCCCCCCCCAAGUCAGUUUGAAAAAGAAGCUCCAAGUACCACCUGGAAACAUGAAGAAAUUGUUUUGAUAAACAAAAAAGAAGAAUCAGAAGAAGAAAGAUUUUGUUGGGUGAUUUGAUGCACGUCAUAGCCUCCAGUUUACCUCGCGCCCCAUCUUGUUUGAAUAAGUUUAGAUCUUGAGACCGUCUGGCGUAAACUUCCUGUUGAAGAUUCAGGAUUGCUGCAGCGAUGGAGGUCAUUGACCUGGAGCAGCAGGAGCCGCUCUCUGUGGAGAAAGAUGGGACGGGGCAGAGGAGUGGCGCAGAGCAGCCGAGUAGAGGCAGGAAGAUGGGAUGUUAUGAGAAAAUGCAGCAGUCAGUGUCCAGAUGGAUGCUUCCUGAAGGAUUACGCAGCGUUUACCUGGAACGUGCCAACUGCUGCCCACCCCCCAUCUUCAUCAUCCUCAUCAGUAUUGCAGAGUUGGCGGUGUUUAUCUACUAUGCCGUGUGGAAGCCUCAGAAGCAGUGGAUAACCCUGGAUGAAGGCUUGUGGAACAGCCCUCUGACUUACAAGCCUAACUGCAGGCAUGAAGCAUGGCGCUUUGUAUCCUACAUGUUUGUCCAUGCUGGUGUGGAGCACAUUAUGGGCAACUUACUGAUGCAGCUGCUGCUGGGUAUCCCGCUGGAACUGGUUCACAAAGGAUUUGAAGUGGGAAUGGUUUACCUGGCUGGUGUCAUUGCAGGCUCCUUGGCCAGUUCCAUCUUUGAUCCUCUCAGUGCUUUGGUGGGGGCAUCUGGGGGUGUCUAUGCCCUGAUGGGAGGCUAUUUCAUGAAUGCAGUGGUGAAUUUCCGAGAGAUGAUUCCUCUCCUUGGGGUGUUUCGAAUUGUCACCAUUUUGGUUAUUGUUGGCACAGAUUUUGGAUUUGCCUUCUACAGAAGGUUUGCAGCUCCAAAUGACAGUUACAAGGUGUCAUUUGUGGCUCAUUUUGGAGGAAUUGUGGCUGGAAUGUCGAUCGGCUAUGUUUUCUUCAGCGCAUACAGCCAGAAGCUUCUCAAAGACCCCCGCUUCUGGAUUUGUAUAGUGGGCUAUUUCGUCUUCUUUCUCUUUGCUGUGGUUUUCAACAUUUUCGUCUCUCCAGCUUCAUAGCGGCGCAGAGCUGCUUCCUGAAAUCCUUGUGCCCCUCAGGAUGUUGGAUUUUACUGCUGCAUUUCAGAACAAAGUUGCUUUUUGUUCAGGGAAUUUGUGAAUGUUUAAUUCAUGAUUUGUUUUUAUAUCAGUGUAAUAUUUUUUUAAAGUUCUAGAGUUUAAGUUGUGAGUUCAGGAGGAGUGGCGCCCCCUGCUGUUUUUACAGAGAUUUAGAAUUUAGUAAAAUUGUGCCUUUGGUGAAGUGGGUCAAUUUGGUUUUAAUAUUUUUUUUCGUUUACUCCUGAUAGGAUCUUUGUAGUUUCUUUGUGUGUGUUUUUGUUUGUAAAAUUUUAACUUUGUGUACUUUCAAUAAUUUUUAGAAAUGAUCUGGAGACUGACAGUUUUUUUGGUAAUUUUUUGUACAGGAAAUUAUGCUCAGAUUGUUUAAAACAUUUGUUUUCCUCUAAGUCUUCCAUGUUGUCAACCCUCACUAACAUCCAGUAUUGAUAAAAUGUGCCUAAAUGCAAUUAAUUCCUCAACACAUGCUCUACAUAAACCUAAGAUAUGACUCAUUCAUUCUAACUUUGUUCAUAACACUGAUAUGUAUAGAAAGUCAAAGGAAAAAAGGAUGAAUAUGCUUCAUGUUUGUGCUACAUUUAUUUAUUUCUUCAGUCCUUCUUUAGUGCUUCAUUUAUUUUUUCUGUUUUACCAUAAAGCCUUAACUGUAUUCCUAUUUUUUUCCUGAGUAACAUCUUAACAGGACACAAUGAAAAUGCAAAAAAUUCACUAAGUUGUAAAACAGUUUAUGGAUGCACCAUCUCUUAUGAGAGACAACUUAUUGAUCAUUAUUUGCUCUGGUUUAUCACACAAUUCCCAGUUUUAACUUGACAAAUGUUCUGCAAUAUAAAGUGUGUGCUAUGGUCUUGUUGCAUUUUCUGUGUGGAAGGCAUCAGUAGCAGACUGUAAUUCAGAAACGCAUUGUUAGAGUCAAAGAUUACAAGAAAACUUGAAACUAAAUACAAAAGAGAUCUGUUACACUUAUUUUUCAUAUCUGCAUCAACAGUUUUAAUAAAGUUAACUGUUUUUAAAUGUGUUUUGUAAAAUUUGAAUGAAUAAAGAAUUAUGAGAAACUA